AGUACGGAAGCAGUUACCGAUCAUAUGGCUGCAUUUAAUCCGAAUAACUUUGAUACAGGAAAAUAUUACAAAGAGAGAUAUGGUUCAGUUGAAAAUUUAAUUACUCAAGCCAAGAGUGGCGAUGUUUGUGCCCAAGGUGAUCUUGGUUGUGCCUAUGUUGAAGGUAUUAGAGAUUUUGUGGAGAAGGACUCUGAGAAAGCUAUGGGAUGGCUCACAACUGCAGUAGAAAAUGGUGAUUUUUUACCCUCGACACUCGGAAAACUUGCCGAAUUACACGAUCUGAAAGGUACAACACAACAUCAGCGCAAGGCGUACGAGUUGUAUCUGAAGGCAGCACAAGUGGGUUGCCCGAAUUCACAGAUCAAUUUAGCUGAAAUGUAUAGGUGUGGUGUCAAGGGAGUAGUCAACGAAGAUCUUAAAGAAGCGUUCAAAUGGUACAAAAUUGCAGCACAUGAAUCGGAUUGCGAUGUGGAUACUAAUUUGGGAGCACUCGGCCGACUUAUUUCUGGAACGAUGAGCAAAAUGGGGAACACCAUUGUUGAUUACAGGCAAAGAGCUCUGCGAUUUUUGUACAAGUAUUAUCUUGAAGGUGAUUGCCCCGAAGGGAAACCGCAGCCAACAAAAGCUGUUCACUAUUUGACCAGAGCUGCACAACUAGGAGAUACAGGGGCCCAACUGAACCUAGGGAAAAUAUAUCUGAACGGAAGUUCUGAGCAGAUUAAGGAUUUGAAGAAGGCAAAACGGUGGCUUGAAAAAGCUUCAGCAAGCGGUCAUGUCGAAGCUAAAGAGCUUCUUCAGCAAUGCCCCAUUGAUGACAACACGAAGCAUGACUCUUCAGAGGUGGCCACAGAAGCUUUUAAACAGUCAUUUGACAUCCUGGGUGAAAAAUUUAGACAGAGAGCUGAGGCAAAUAAGCACCCAUUUGCAAUUUUUAAACCUGUUGCUUUCUCAGAGGAAAUGCUUCAUCCCUAUAAUUGGUCCCCAACAGGAAGAGUUUACCUUCAAGCUUACAAAAUGGUGAAAGAGGGCCUUGAGGUUCUGUGCAAAAGCAACUUCACCGAUGAGAGGGGAAUAACUCUCAUUUCUCAUGGAUACUUGACUGAAAACUCUAUACUUCAAGCAUUUCCUCAGAUCCGAAAUCUUCUGUUACCCGAAAUUCUUCAACUUUGUGGGGAAAGUUUAAACAAAAAUCCUUGCUUUUUUGAGGGACUUAAUCUGUCAUUUGCUUUGCGUGGUUAUACAAUGGGGAAAUGUUCAAAAGAAAGUUGUGAAGAUGAUAUGAAGGCGAUAAUGUGUAUAAUGAACCUGAUAAACUUUAUUCAAAAGGCAGAACCCAACAGCCCUCCUUGUGAAGAACCAUUUGAGUUUGAUAAGAAUUACAGCAGUUGGCUUCAUGUUUUGUAUUACCAUUUAGCAGCUAUAUACACCAUUUCGGAUGCUACCAGACAAGCUGCUGAGGCUUUUGAGAACUCUCUCAAGUGCUGCCCAUCCUUUCAUGAAGCAAAAACAGGACUAGGAUAUUCAUUGAUGUUGCUCUACCUUUCAAAAAUAAGCUCUGAAAGAAAGCAAGCAAGCCACAAAUUACCCAAAGAGUUGCUUAGAGUUAACAAAAAGCAACAUCAAGACAGAGACAUUUCCAAAUAUGACUCCUGGACUGCUGAAAAAUUGAGAAACUUAGCAGUGAAGGUUUUAAAAGAGUAUCUCACAGAGGCCCCACAGUGUCAGAAAAAAUACCCAAAUGCAUGUUACUAUCUUGCAAACAUUCACUUCAUGGAAGGAAACAUCGAAGAAUUCAGGAAGUAUUUUGAACUGGGACAAGAUGCUGAGGAAAAAAGACUUCCUUUCAUGGAUCCUAUUAACCUGCCAUUAAAGGAUAUCAUGGCACCUUUUUACCAGCAUUGUGCUCAUGUUAAAAAACAUGCAAGGUGUGGAAACAGGGCUUGCACCACGAAAGUUAAAGAGAGUGACUUAAAGUCUUGUGGUGGAUGUGGCAAGCAAAAAUAUUGCAGCAAACAUGCAGUUAUGAUAUUGAGACAUGCAGUUAUGAUCUUCAGACAUGCAGUUAUGAUAUUCAGACAUGCAGUUAUAACAUUGAGACAUGCAGUUAUGACAUUGAGACAUGCAGUUAUGACAUUGAGACAUGCAGUUAGGACAUUCAGAUAUGCAGUUAUGACAUUGAGGCAUGCAGUUAUGACAUUCAGACAUGCAGUUAUGAUGUUCAGACAUGCAAGUUAUGACAUUGAGACAUGCAGUUAUGACAUUGAGACAUGCAGUUAUGACAUUCAGACAUACAGUUAUGACAUUCAGACAUGCAGUUAUGACAUUCAGACAUGCAGUUAUGAUAUUCAGACAUGCACGUUAUGA